AUGUUGAAAUUGUCUCGAGUUUUUUUGAUUCGAAGGUUUUCCGACAAACCAACAAAGCUUACGAAUAAGGAGAAAAUUGCGCUUGAAAAAACGCCAAAAGGAAAAUUGGAGGAGAAGGUAACGUGGAAGUUCCAAUUUUCAAAAUUUCAAAGAUCUUUAGGAAGAAAGUUACGAAGAUCCACAUCUGAAAAAGCAUCCAGGUGGAAUAAAUCAAAAAACUGGAGAAGUUGGAGGACCCGCUGGACCAGAACCAACAAGAUAUGGAGAUUGGGAGAGAAAAGGACGUGUUAGCGAUUUUUAA